CCUCCCGGGCCCGAUGGCGCUCUGCGGGCCGGCGAAUCGGCGCUUUAAACUCCAGUAAUGUGGAGAUGUUCUGGUAUUUGCGACAAAUGUUUUCUGAAAGCGUCCAGCAGCUGAUACGAUUGGGGGCACGGCGAGCAGGCUGUCACACACGGCGCUGCCGAGACAGCCGGGCUACCGCGCCACUGACAGCCGGCUGCAAGCCGAUUCCCGGGCGCCGGUGACCGAAACAAAGCUCUCCUACAAGGGGACAUGGCAUGUACCCGAACAACCAGCAACAUCUGUCAUUAACUAUUCAUACCUUCGCUUUACCGGCCUCCAAUUUCUUCUGUCUCUCCUCGUCUUCCAUAACCGUCGUUCCUGGGCCGAAUAUAUGAAGAGAAGGGCUUCAUACGCAGACUCGACGAAAAAAAACAAAUUGCUAUAAUAAAUCUACUAUACACAAACAGGUAGAAGUUUUAUUUGGCGCCUCCAUUCAUCACACCGUUCAAAAACGUGUGGAGCACUCCUUACAACAGCCGCGACGCAGCCGCCAUGUUAUCCACGUAAACACGGGACUAGUUGUGAUGACGUCAUACUACCCCGGGACCACGCCCACGCACACCUCGGUUUUGAGCUCUUGGAAGAAGGAUGUGGACGGUAUACAUACCGGCAGGAGAUGGUGGCCGGUGUCUUCUCAUCACUGGUGCUGUACAGCUUAUUGUCUGGCAGAUCUUCAGUUCCACCCAUCGUCUUUUUGACAUCUUUACGAGUUUCCAUCCAAAGAUGGACAGUCCCUUCUUACACACGGCCCUGCUCUGGACUGCAGAACUACCGACAGAAGAAACACCUCCAGACGGCAGGGGGCGACAUGCAGAAACGCGGACAGGCAAAUUGCGUCGAUGGUAACUGAAAUGAAACAGAACAUAAUGAUUUAGGGACCAUUUUCAUUUAAAGAUCAUGACUUGUAUCUUGACUCUUCUGCAUAUUACCAGAAGGCCGAUAUUUUGCAAGCGGACCUGUGUGACAUCCCAUCUCACUGCACUGCACAGCACGCCCGCUAAGAGUGAGGCGCAGGGACCAGGACAUGAGAAUGAGUCCUUGUUGGAGAACCUGACAAUCCUAGGGGUAGAUGUGAGGAUGGUUCGUCGGCGGCAGCCCGGUGUCCUGAAGAGGUCUGUCACCAAUGAGCAUGGGCUGACGCACUUCUUGCAGAGUAAGGGCGCGAGUCGCGAGAUGGUGGCCAGCAUCAUCUCCCGCUUCCCACGGGCCAUCACACGUUCUGGGGAUCACCUGGAGCAGCGCUGGGAGCUUUGGAGGAGGGUCUUCAAGAGUGAUGGCGAGAUCGUGAACAUCCUGGCCCGCUCUCCCGAAUCCUUCUUCCGCUCCAGUGACAACGGCAACCUGAAGAAGAACAUCGUCUUCCUUGGCUCUCUGGGACUCAGCUCCAAAGACCUGUACCGCUUGCUGACCACAGCUCCACGUACCUUCUCCAACAGCCUGGAGCUCAACCAGCAGAUGGUGGAGCUGCUGAGGGACGUGUGCCUGAGCUUGGGGGGGAAGGAUCCGGACCAGUUUGUCAGGGCUAUCAUCUCUAGGAACUCGUACGUCCUCAUCCGAAGCACCAAGCGCAUCAAAGGCAACGUCAACUUCCUGCAGGAGACUCUCGGCCUGAGCAGCUCGAAGCUGCUGGAGCUGCUGCAAGGCCAAGGUGCGGAGGUCCUCGACCUCUCCAACGAGUAUCUCCUGAACAACUUCAGGGACAUACAGCAGAAGCUGCUCUCCCAGGGCUGCAGCCAAGACGAAGUCAAAACUCUGAUCAUCAAAUACCCUCCGGUGCUGUACAUUUCUUGGGUGAACCUGAGGAAUAAAAUAGACUGUCUGCAGGAUGGAGGUGUAAAUAUCAAACAGAUAGUACAAAAGCCCAAGGUGUUGGAAUUUAGUAUUGACAAUCUCAAGAGACGCUUAAAAGAACUACAGGAGAUAGCCUAUGAUUUUGAGAAGAAUGGCAUUGGUAUUUUAGACUCCAGUCAACGCCGAUUUGAUGCUAAGUUAUUACGCCUUUCUGGGCAAUAGGUAAUAUAAAAUUGGUUUUUAUAGUGUAUCUCUAAGUUUUUUAAAUAAAUAUAUUGCACUCUCCAACUAUUGAAGGAAUGAGGUCUUUAACUUUUUUGUGUACAGUACAGAGCUAAUAAGGACUGAUAUGUAGUUUAAAACGCGAUUUUUAUUUUAAAUACUUUUCUUCUCUUUAAAAUAAAGGAUAACGAUAUGGAUUGACUUUCCAAAAA